AUGAUUUUCUCUCCGAGUUGCCAACACAUUCACCAGUAUCUAUCUAUCUAUCUAUCUAUCUAUCUAUCUAUCUAUCUAUCUAUCUAUCUAUCUAUCUAUCUAUCUAUCUAUCACAGUCGCUUCAUAUCUAUUAUAAUCUGUAAAUCUUUAUCUUUGCUUACUAUCUAUCUAUCUAUCUAUCUAUCACAGUUUAUUUAUAUAUGCAAUAAAAAUAAAAAUAAAACAACACGCAUGCGCGAAAUUCAAAAUAUUCGACAAUCUACUCAUCGCACUAUCUAUCUAUCACAAUUUAUUCAUAUCUAUCUGUCACAAUUUAUUCAUACCUAUCUAUCUAUCUAUCUGUCACAAUUUAUUCAUAUCUAUCUAUCUAUCUAUCUAUGUAUCUAUCUAUCACAAUUUAUUCAUAUCAAUAUAUCUAUACAUCUAUGUUCAUUAUUUAUCAUUUUUAUUGCUGCUAAUAUUUUUUAUCUAUCUAUCUAUCUAUCUAUCUAUCUAUCUCGGCAUAUAUUGAUUUUUAUUGCUGCUAAUAUUUUUUAUCUAUCUAUCUAUCUAUCUAUCUAUCUAUCUCAAUAUAUUUUUUUUGUUUUUUUAUUCAUAACUAUCCUUGUUCAUAUCUAUCUAUCGGAAUUUUCAUAUCUGAUCGAAGGCCAUCUUAUAAUUAAUCUAUCUAUCUAUCUAUCUAUCUAUCUAUCUAUCUAUCUAUCUAUCUAUCUAUCUAUCUAUCUAUGUGUCUGUCUGUUUGUCUCAGUACAUUAUAUUAAUAUCUAUCUAUAUGAUUUCGUUCAUUAUUCAUCAUCCAUCUAUCCAUCUAUCUAUCUUCAUCUAUCUAUCUAUCUAUCUGUCUCAGUACGUUCAGUAAAUACGUCUAUCUCAGUACAUUCUUUUAUUAUCUAUCUAUCUAUCCCAGUCUAUUCGUAUCUAUCUAUCUAUCUAUCUAUCUAUCUAUCUAUCUAUCUAUCUAUCUAUCACAUCUGUUCAUAUCUAUCUAUCUAUCUAUCUCAUUCUGUUCCUAUCUAUCUAUCUAUCUAUCUAUCUAUCUAUCUAUCUAUCUAUCUAUCUAUCUAUCUCAUUCUGUUCCUAUCCAUCUAUCUAUUUAACCAUAGAAAAAAAAAGUUCCUAUCUAUCUAUCUAUCUAUCUAUCUAUCUAUCUAUCUAUCUAUCUAA